CCAGCUAGAUGCUGUGUCAGGCACUUCGUAGAUUUGGUCAAAAACUGGUACGCGGACCUACGCUGACAGAACUGGUGGCUGAGAAUGACCCACAGAGAAGACUGAGCACUCUGGAUUUAGUGGCCCUGGGUGUAGGCCGCACAGUGGGUGUAGGUGUGUAUGUCCUGGCUGGUGAGGUGGUCAGAAAUCAAGCAGGACCAUCCUUUGUGAUUUGUGUUUUGGUGGCCAUCCUGUCUUCUCUAUUGGCUGGGAUGUGCUAUGCAGAGAUUAGUGCCCGGGUUCCCCAAUCUGGCUCUGCAUAUCUGCACAGCUAUGUCACUAUAGGUGAACUCUGGGCCUUCGUCAAUGGCUGGAACCUCAUCCUCUCCCUUGUUGCUGAGAAAGCCAUUGCGUUCAGCACAUGGAUCUUAAUUUUUGACAACCUGCGUGGAAACCAGGUCUCUCAGACUGUGCAAGAGAGAAUCUCAGGGCACAUUUCCCAUUUCCUUAGAGAAUAUCUAGAAUUCUUUGUUCUUGGUUUUUUGGUGGUGUUCAUGGAGAUCAGGUAUUUUUGGUAUUUCUGGCCAUUAUCGACUUCCACACUUGCCAAAGUGUUCACAUUGGUGAAAAUUCUGGUUCUCAGUUUUGUCAUCAUCUCUGGUUUCAUUAAGGGGGACCUGCACAACUGGAAGCUCACAGAAGAGGACUAUGUAAAGGCUGGACUCAAUGACACCUCAAGCUUGGGCCCCCUGGGCUCUGGAGGAUUUGUGCCUUUUGGGUUUGAGGGGAUUCUCCGUGGAGCAGCUAUCUGUUUCUAUGCAUUUAUUGGUUUUGAGAGUAUUGUUGCCAGAGUUGAAAAAGCCCAGAAUCCCCAGCGUUCCAUCCCCAUGGGCAUUGUGGUUUCACUGUUCAUCUGCCUUCUGAUAUAUUUUGGUGUCUCUUCAGCACUUACGCUCAUGGUGCCUUACUACCAGAUUCAUUCUGGGAGCACCUUGCCUGAGGUAUUUCUCCAUAUUGGCUGGGUCCCUGCCUACUAUGUGGUAGCUUUUGCAUUGCUGUGCAUUCUUUCCACCAGCCUUUGGGGCUUUGUGAGGCCGAUGCGUCGGGUGUUAUACAUGAUGGGAAAGGAUGGCCUCCUGUUCCAUGUCCUUACCCAUAUCUCUUACCACCAAUACAUCAUUAUCAUAAUCAUUGUGAUGAUUGGAACAGUUGCAGUCAUUAUAUCAUUCCUUGGCGUCACUGAUCUCUUGGACCUCAGGUCGGUUGUGUCCCUGAUUUCUUACUCCCUAGUUGCGAUUUGUGUUCUCAUCCUCAGGUAUCAGCCUGAGAGGAGGAAUGGGGGAAAUGAAGCAGAGGAGCAGGAGGAGAAUGGACCUGCAGAAGAGAGGCUGACUCUACAGCGACUACUUUUUCCAGGCAGCUCCUCCCCCACUCCACUCUCUGGCCGGGUUGUCUAUGUUUGUUCUUCACUGCUUGUUCUGCUAAUUAUUCCUCUUUGCUUGGUGCUGACCCAGUGGCCAGUUCUGCUUUCUGGAGACCCAGUGUGGAUUUCAGUGGUUGUGCUUCUCCUGGUGUUCAUCACUGGGCUCACUGGGGUCAUCUGGAGACAGCCACAGAGCUCCAGUUCCCUUUACUUUAAGGUCCCUGCUCUGCCUCUCCUCCCACUACUGAGCCUCUUUGUGAAUGUUUGCCUUAUGAUGCAGAUGACAGCUGGCACCUGGAUGGUAUUUGGUGUGUGGAUGCUGACUGGGUUUGUUUUCUACUUUGGCUAUGGGGUCCAUCACAGCUGGGUCACUAACCCCACUUAAGUUUGGCCAAAAGUGUAGACCUUGAACUCAGCUGUGUCAGUACCUAUGCAGUUGGACAUCAUCACACCUGAAUGUAGUCAGGUCCCCCUGCCUAAUAAUGCAGUACUCUUGAUCACAUGGAAAAGUAGGCCUCCCAUGGGAUGCUGGUGGGUGAACACUAAUAGAGCUCUGUGUAUAUUGUGGAGUGAAGGAUGUGCCUUUACUCAUUCUUUUUUUUUUCUUUUGUUUUUUCUUUUUCCUUUUUGACUUGUCUACUUGAAUUGCGUCUAUAGUUGGUUACAGGCUUUAAAAUAUUAUUAUUAAAAGAAACUAGAAAAAAACUUAUUUCCUUGGUUAAAUAUCCAGUAGCUGUGGGGUGUCUGGCUGGCUCAGUCAGUAGAGCAUGCAAUUCUUCUCUCAGGGUGGUAACUUUGAGCCCCAUGUUGUGUAUAGAGAUUAUUUAAAACAAAUAGCCAGUAGCAGAAUUACUGGAUCGUAGGUACUUUUAUUCUUAAUUUUUUGAGGAACCUGCAUACUGCUUUCCACAGUGGCUGCACCAACUGACAUUCCCAACAAUAAUAUCUGAGUGUUCCUUUUUCUCCAUAUCCUGGACAAUACUUGCUUAUCUUGUCUUUUUGAUUUUAGCCAUCCUGACAGGUUUAAAGUGAUAUCCAAUUGUAGUGUUAAUUUACAUUUCCCUGUCAUUAGUGAUGGUGAACACCUUUCCAAGUGUCUGUUGGCCAUAUGUAUGUCUUCUUUGGAAAAAUGUCUAUUUAGUUUCUCUGCCCAUUUUUUAAGUGGACUGAGUUGUACAAGUUCUUUCUGUAUUUUGUGUAUUAACCCAUUAUUGGAUAUAUCAUUUACAAAUAUCUUUUCUUAUUCAGUGGGUUUCCUUUCUCUCUUGAUGGUGGUUUCCUUUUCAGGGCAAAAGCUUUUUAGUUACAUGAAUUCAAAAAGAUAUAUGCACCCCUAUGUUUAUUGUGGCAUAAUUUACAAUAGCCAGGACAUGGAAGCAACCCAAAUGUCCCUUGAUAGAUGAAUAAAGAAGAUGUAAUAUCUAUCAAA